GCAAGACCGCAGCCCAGUGUAUGGACAUGUCAGACACCAAGGUGUCCUGGUACACACUGCAGGUAGAGAGCAUUUGUUUCCCACACUCCGCAAUGGCAACGUGUGUUGUGUUGUUACUGACUGUUGUAGCAGGUGUUGUUGUCGCAGACGGCAAUCAGCAGACCGUGACCGACGCUGCACUUGCCGACAGAAUAGAAGCUUUAGAGGACAUCGUCAGACAACAGGCAAAGGUCAUUGAUGAUCUUGGUUCUGGUCUGCAACGAGCAUUAACGGGUUUGGAAGCAUGCUCUCCUUUGAGAAACACCUUUUCCGUAGUGGACACACCUGACAAUAUAGAAGGUACAGGUCUGUUACAAGAACAGUUAACUGGAAAUUCCGUACAACAUGCAGUCUUUGUUCGGUCGGAUGACAACGACCCUUUGAUACCGGUUGUGACUCAGCUGACAGAAAGGGUUAACGAAGUCAGUGCCGGUCUGCAGGCCAUGAAGAACGAAGUCAGUGCCAGUCUGCAGACUUUAAAAACCGAGGUGACUGAUGCUUCCACGUCUGUCUUCGUCCACUGGGGAAGCUCCACGUGUCCAGGCUCUGCUGUUCUCGUCUACUCCGGUGUCGUCGGGGGGUCUCACUACGACCAGCCUGGAGCAGCAGCCAACUACCUGUGCCUGCCCCUCUCUAACAUUACCUUGCUUGAUUACACAAACACCUACACUGCAUAUCUUUACGGUGGAGAAUAUCAAACAGAAGACGGACAUAAUGAUAAAGAUCCUCUAUGUGCCGUGUGUCGAUCGUCACGUGCCAAUAAUGUGAUGAUCCCGGCAACGACUGUCUGUCCAGCUGGCUGGACCUCGGAGUACAGCGGAUGGCUGAUGGCAGGAUAUUUCGGGCACAAAGCUGCCACCGAGUUCAUCUGUGUGAACUCCCAAGAAGAAGAACGCCAAGGAAGUGAAGUAAGCAAUGAUGGAAAACUGUUGUACUACACUGUCACUGACUGUGGGAGCCUGCCAUGUCCUCCUUACGUUACCGGGAAGAGGGUCACGUGUGUUGUCUGCUCCAGAUAGUCAGAA